AGGGUCCUCGGCGCCUGCGCCCGCUCCUAUAAAGGUCGACGCCUCGCCGCCCCGCUGCGCUGUAGUGGCCUUGUUCUCCGCUGUUCAGUGUUGCUGUUUGACGACGUUGCCCUGCUCACUUCAGCCUCCGGCCCGCCAUCUCCUUGAGACCUAACACCAUGCCUUCAAUUAAGUUGCAGAGUUCUGAUGGAGAGAUAUUCGAAGUUGAUGUUGAAAUUGCAAAACAAUCUGUGACCAUCAAGACUAUGUUGGAAGAUUUGGGAAUGGAUGAUGAAGGAGAUGAUGAUCCAGUCCCCUUGCCAAAUGUUAAUGCAGCAAUAUUGAAAAAGGUCAUUCAGUGGUGCACCCACCACAAGGAUGAUCCUCCUCCUCCUGAGGAUGAUGAGAACAAAGAAAAACGAACAGAUGAUAUACCUGUUUGGGAUCAAGAAUUCCUGAAAGUUGACCAAGGGACACUCUUUGAACUUAUAUUGGCAGCAAACUACUUAGACAUCAAAGGUUUGCUUGAUGUUACCUGCAAGACUGUUGCUAAUAUGAUCAAGGGCAAAACUCCUGAGGAGAUUCGAAAGACAUUCAAUAUCAAAAAUGAUUUUACUGAAGAAGAGGAAGCCCAGGUACGCAAAGAGAACCAGUGGUGUGAGGAGAAGUGAAAUUUCGUGUCUAACGCUGUAACACUGUAAGGAUUAUUCCAAAUACUAGUUGCACUGCUUUGUUUAUAAUUGUUAAUAUUAGAAAAAGAAUCAACAAAUGCAGCAGCAAGUCAAUUGUAUCAGCAGAAUGUUGUCCUCAUUGCAUGUGUAGUUUCAGUACAGUUCCCAAACUUAAGGCCCAGUUUCUUCUAGUGUGAUUGAAAGUUUCUUUUCUUUGCUCUGAAUAAAAUUGAACUGUGGGUUCCCUAUAGAAAGUGGCAUUUUGGGCUUUCCCUUUUUGUAAAGCAAUUUCUGCCUAGUUUAUUGUCCAGUUAAUUUUAGUUCAGUGACUUUUAAAGUUGGCGUUGUAAAUAAAGCAACUUGCAAAAAACCUUCUGAAAUAGAA